AUGCCGCAUAUACACGAUGUUGCUCACUUGUGGGCAGAGCUGGUUAAGAAGAAGGACCAUGCGUAUCUCAUUCGAGAAAUCCUUGGUCGCCUGUGGCCAAAGAGCUUUCGAGAUCCCCAAGUCAUCGAUGAAGCCUACGUGAAGGACAUUGUCCUAUUGAAAACGAUCUUUGACAUUCAGCGCACGCGCAUUCGAUUAAAUCCCCCAAGCCGACGCAUUCUCUCGACAGAUGACCUUCUUGAUUGCCUCAAUUGUCUCUCCCGAGCCGCAGAAGCAUUGCGACAAGUCGACAACAGACUCCGUCGAACUUUCAUGGAUAUUUCCCAGCAAGCUUUCUUUUCGGGAUUUCGUACAGCCGCUCUUACCAUUGAGCGGCUUCCCGAGGAGACGCUGGCCAGAGUGGAGGUGUCCUCUCGUCUAAGAACUUGUAUCGGACGGUGGCCGUUGGAGGACCUUCCUGGCCCAGUAAGGGACUGGAGUUCGGCUAUUUUUGAGGGCGCUGUUGAGGAUCUCCUGAGCCUGGACGAGUCCGACAGCUCUUGCGACGAACAUAUUUCCCUAGAUAGACCUGACCGCGAAAACUUUGCUCAAACCUUCCGUCUGUCGAAGUGUGUACCCCAAGCAAUCGCAUGCAUCGCUCGGGGAUGUAAAUACGCCUACCGAAGCGCACUAGUUUUGUUGGAUUUCAGAUUGAUGGUGAUCGCCGCGUGCUUCCGGCACGUAAGUAAUGGCUCGAACUCUGGCGUUCUGCCCGACCCUUCGGAAAGUAGUCGAGGGUAUUCGAAUUCAAGUCUCCUCACGGACGAGUUCAACAGACUGCUUGAAAACUGGAGAGCUCUUGGGAACUACCUGCAAAAGGCCAAUGGGGAACGGCCUUUGUCGACUUUCUUGUAUUUCGUCGACGACAUUGAACCCGGGCCGCCCUUUGGCGAAAACGACCACAUUCUCAAUUGGAUAGGCCCAAUUAUCAGUGUGCCGGCGUCGUCAGCGAACACAGGCACCUCUUCACCUCUCUAUGCAAAGAUUGUCGAGGAUCUCCGACUCCGCAAUCUAGCAGUUUUUGACUCGCAAGGGGCUCUCCUGGAUGUCCAUGGUCGCUUGUCCGAGCAGAUCCGAUCGUGGUUGCCACCACGGGCCAAUACGCCUGGUCCCCACAGUCUUGAUAGUCCAGAUAUAACACCUCAACAAACCAUAUAUGUGUUAGACUGCAGCGAUGUACAUCCUAUCGACUACACAAUGCUAGUGGACUGUGUUGAUCCCAGUGGUCAAGAAGCACUCGAAAUUGGGCAAGAGAUUAUCGACGUGUAUUUUUGGUGUCCCUUCCCUCAUUCAAAGGCAUCGCUCGUCCGGAAAGCUAGAAGAGUGACUCCGAUAUGUGAAAUUUAUGGCACUCUGCAAAGACUGGUCAGCUUCCAUGCCGAAACAGGUGACCCUGUGGCCGAAAGAGAAAAUACCUUGGCGGAGCACGCGCAACUGUCGGAGAGCUCAGCUGGAAGUAGGGAGGCUUCUUCAAGCGACCAAGUGAGCAUGACAUCUACAUUCACGCAAUCCCUUGGCCCCCAAAGUCCAUCUACAGCUUCAGUUCGGCAGCCUUCGAGCCUUCGCGGAUUCCUCAAAGCUUCCUCCUGGAGAUCUUCAACUAAGCCGAAAAUCCCAGUCCAUAAGCACACCAAAUCCGAUUCGGCUCAACAAAGUCUCUAUCUACGGUCCGCGCUAAGCCCAGAUGCUGCAAACUUGAUCGUCUGGUCUAGGAAUAGAAUCCGUUGCUGGUCGUUGAAUAGUGGCAUUCGCUGCCGCCAAGAGCGAUUCCUGGAAAACAUCCUACUGGCAGCUGCCGGGGCCACUCACUUUGCUGCCAUCAUUCAGAAACACAACAAGUGUUUCCAACUCUCUCUCUUCGACGCGGCUGGCGCGCCGGCAGAAAAACUAAUGCCCUUCGAUAAGUGUCCCAAAAGUAUGGCUUUCUCUCAUGAUGGAUCCAAGCUAGCUGUCGCCACACCGGACGAACUGAGGAUUAUCUCAACAACAAUCGAGGAUUGGGCAGGUUCCUAUUGCAGCCAGUCACUUAUACCACAAUUGAAUCGUCAAGACGCCGGUCCUCGAGAUACUCAGAAGACGCAGUCAGCAUUUUGUAGAACUUACGGCGUGCGCCGCCAGACGAUAUCGUUUUCCCCAGAUCGCCAUCAAGUUCUUGUAGGAACGCAAUACCUUGAUGACGAGGGGACUAUUAUGUUGUGGCUCUUUGACAUCCCAGAACGCGUAACCGGAGCACUCUCGCGUACCUUUCUAUUUGCGAGGGAGAUCAAAGUGGAAUCAUCGGACACUGGCUUGACCGCAUUGCCGUGUUUUCACAGCUCUGGCCAGACCACAUUCAUCCUCUGUGCUGCUACUGCCCACAGUCACCGAUCGAAAGUCGAGAGCAUUAUCCCAAGCCCAACGCGAGGAGAGGCCCCUCAAGCUGUACUUGAAGAGAUUGCGGGGCCAAAGUUAUCUAUUGAUCGUGCGCAUCGCGGAAUUGCAAUGCCCGGACAAACUCCCUCUUUUGUCAUUGUUAAUGAGGAAGCUGAUGUUUAUCUCGUUCGCGGAUUCAGCAGCCGGAGCGGAUGGGAAGCGAAGCACGUCCCUCUAUGUCUCAACCUCCGUCCUUUUAACCAGGGCGGCAGACGUCCAGAAAUUGAAAUUGCAGCAUCUAGCGCAAGCGAAGUUAUCAUCUUUCAUAUCUGGCAAAACUUGGGCCAUCUCACUCGAUAUGACGCCUUAAAUCCUCAACAGAGCACCUCGCAACCCAUCCCUCUGGACGACUUCUUUCCACGACCUACGGAUAUAUCUACUUCGCGAACAAACUAG